AUGGCGCGCUAUGCCGGCCCGGCCAACGCGCUUUCAUGGCUCUCGGCGCAGCCCCGCCUCGCGCCCGCAGCCGCAACCCCCGCCACCGUCCGCGCGCUCGCCGAGGCCGUCGCCGCAGCGGGGCGCGCCGCUGCCGCCGCGCCGCCGUGGGAGACCUGCAGUGACGCGGUCACGGCCAUCUGCCCCUGCUGCCACCCCCACGGGUCGCACGCAACGCUCGCCCAGCACGUGCCUCUGCUGGGCGGCGCGCUGAUGGGUCGCAAGCCGCCAGAUCCCGAUCUCUUCGCCUUGGUGCUUCAGGUACCCGGGGCGCUGUCCGGCCUGCUGCGCGCCGUGCUGCUAGACGGCUCCUUCCACAACCAGCCCUUUGCUGUGAUGGCCGUGCACCUGACGGCCCCAGACCGCGCCCGUGCCGUUUCGCUCGCCAACGCCGUCGCGCGGGCGGUCGCACGCGAGCGCGCGGAGCCCCUGCUCUGGUCCGCAGUUGCCGCGCGGCUCGCGGCCGCCGCGCGCGUGGGGGCGCGGCAGCACAACUGUGAUGAGGGUGCUGCGCUCUUCUCCGCGGUCCAGAUUGCCAGCAAGGCGCAUGACCAGCUGUUUCGGGACCUGGCGUCGCACGCGCCCGCGCUGAGCCAAAUCCUGGCGGCGCUGACAGACCGCGUCCGGCCCGGCGGUGGCGGCGGCGGCGGCGGCAACGGGUGCGGCAGCUGGGACGGCGGGGGCGAGGACACCGUUUGCUGCUGCCUGAAGCUGCUGCAAGGCGCGGCCGCUGCGGACCCUGGCGCGACGCUGGCGGCCGCGGGGCCGGCGGGGGCGCUGGAGGCGCCGCUGCUGGCGGUGCUGGCGGGGGCGCCCGUCCUCCGAAAGGCCGGCCGGCCCUCCACAAGUCCCGCCCUCGCCGCAGGCCUGCUGCACGCCGCCGCGCGCCAUGAAAUCACCUCCUCAGCUGCGCCGGCGCCAGUGGUCAUGUCCGCGCCGGGCUCCGCGGCGGCCGUCGCCGCCGCGCUGCGCGCCGCGUGCAGCGCCAAGGGGCGCGCGCGCGACGGCGACCGCGCGCACCUGCUGCACAAUGCGGCGGCGCUGGUGGCGUUCUGCAUCGCUAUCGACGGCUCGGGCCGUUGGACGGUCGAGCUCGCGUCGCCGCGGCACGGCGCGCUGCGUGCGCUGGUGAAGGCCGCGCGCGCCGGACCCGCCGCGUUCGCGGCGCCGGGCGGCGGCGCCGCGGGCGACCUGGCGCCCGUUCCCCCCGAAUAUAUUCGCGCCCAGGUCGCCGGCGCCCUCGGCGCCAUCGCCUACGCGCUCACGGAUCCCUUCUCUUCGCCUGCCACGGGGCUCGUGAUUACAACCUCCGCAGCCGAGGCAGCAAAGGAAGUGGCCGCGGAGGAGCUGCCGCCUGAUGCAGAGUUGCGGGCCCUUGUGUGGGGCGGCCUCGCGGCAGGUAGUUUUGAGGGGCUGGAUCGGGCGCGGGUCAUGGCGCUGCGCUCGCCCGUCGCGCAGUACGACCUGGCCGCCACGCCUGGCGCGCUUGCCUGGCUGGCGGCGUCGGCCAUCGACGGCGCGGGCGACCCGGGCCCCCCUGGCGCAAUGGCGGGCGCGGCGCUGCAGCUGCUGCACGCGAUCGGCGGCGGCGACCCGGGCUGGCCGCUGGAGCGCGGCUGCAUGCCGUGCGCGGUCGAAGAAUGCAUUGACGCGAUCUGCUGCAUGCACUUCCGCUCGCCAAACGCGGCCGUCGCGUGCGCGAGGGCGGCCCUGGCCCUGCGGAAUGUUGCGGAGCGUUUCGCUAACGACGAGGAUGAGGAGGGCGGCGCGACGGCGGCGACCAACGCAGCCGCGGCGCUCGAGGCCCUGCAGGCCGGGCGGCUGCGCGGCGGCGGCCAGGCGCAGGACGGUUCGAAAUUUAAGAAGUGCGGCGCCUGCGGGAUACCGAGGUACUGCGGCCCUCAGUGCGCCAAGGCUCACUGGAAGGCCGGCCACAACAAAGAGUGCAUUGGCGGCAGGGGCGCAACGGCCGGCGGGGGCGGCGGGGGCGCGAGCAGCAGCAGCGGCAACGGUGCGCCCAAGGCCGCACUGCAGUCAUAG